AUGGCCACCGAAACCCCAACAUACCUGCAAAAGCUCAAGGGCAUCCCCAAAGCGAACUUUCUCUUCGGUCCCUCGCCCAUCCAGUUCCUCCCAAGGCUCUCCAAAGAACUCUCGCCAAACGGCGACGUCAAAGUCUACGCCAAACGAGAUGACUGCAACAGCGGACUCGCCUACGGCGGCAACAAGGUCCGCAAGCUCGAGUUCCUCGUCGCUGACGCCUUGGCUCAGGGCUGCGACACUCUGGUCUCAGUCGGUGGAGUGCAGUCCAAUCACACCCGCGCUGUGACAGCCGUUGCGACGGCUUCCGGUUUGAAAGCCGUCACUGUACAGGAAAAAUGGGUGCCGAUCGAUCCGCCGCUUUACGACAAGGUUGGCAACAUCCUGCUCUCGAGGCUGAUGGGCGGUGAUGUGCGGCUCAAUCAGGAAGGCUUCCACAUCGGCCACAAGGAGGCAACGAAGCAGGCCGUGGAGGACGUCAAGGCCAGAGGCGGGAAGCCAUACUACGUUCCGGCCGGAGCAUCGGAUCACGUACUGGGAGGCCUUGGGUUCACCAACUUUGUGGUAGAACUUGCUGAGCAGGAGAAGUUGCUGGGUGUGUACUUCGACACACUGGUAGUCUGCAGCGUGACUGGAUCAUCGCACGCCGGCUUGAUUACCGGCGCCGCGGCAGAAGGCAAAGGACGAAAGGUCAUCGGCAUCGAUGCAUCGGGCAAACCAGAAGCGACCAAAGCACAAGUCGCCCGCAUUGCAAGGAACACUGCAAAACUCCUGGAUCCCAAAUUGGAGAUCCCCGACGAGGCCAUCGUUCUAGACGAGAGAUUCCACGAGGGCAUCUACGGAAUCCCUGGACCCAGCACGAUUGAAGCCAUGAAGACGGCUGCGAGGACUGAUGCUUUGAUCACUGACCCGGUGUAUGAGGGCAAGUCGAUGGCGGGGAUGAUGCAGUUGAUUAAGGAGGGGAGUAUCAAACCGGGCAGUAAUGUGCUGUAUGUGCAUCUUGGUGGACAGCCGGCCCUGAAUGCGUACUCGAGCUACUUUGAGGAGGACACGAAAUAA